AGCAAAUUAAGAAAAGCUUAAUUAAUUUCUUCAUCUUUUUGCCAAUUUUUUUAAAAAAUGGCAACACUAAAAUUUCUUUCUAUUUUCAUAAUUUAUUUUGCAAUUGUAUUGGGAUUUGUUAAUUCACAAGGCAUUGAAGUAGGGUUCUACAAGAAAACAUGUCCAAAUGUUGAAAAAAUUGUGAAAAAGGCUGUUGUUGACUAUGUUUCUAUUGCUCCUACUUUGGCUGCUCCUUUGUUGAGAAUGCAUUUUCAUGAUUGUUUUGUUAGGGGAUGUGAUGGCUCAGUGUUACUAAAUUCUACUAAAAGUAAUCAAGCUGAGAAAGAUGCAAUUGCAAACCUAAGUCUAAGAGGAUUCCAAGUGAUUGAUGCUGCUAAAUCUGCUUUAGAAAAACAGUGCCCUGGCGUUGUGUCUUGUGCUGAUAUUUUAGCCUUAGUAGCUCGUGAUGCUGUUUCAUUGAUUAAUGGACCAACAUGGCAAGUACCAUUGGGAAGAAGAGAUGGGAGAGUUUCAAUUCUCUCAGAAGCCACAACAAAUUUACCAACUCCUUUUGAUAAUUUCACUACUCUAAAAACAAGAUUUGGUUCAUUGGGCCUAAGUGUAAAAGACCUUGUUGUUUUAUCAGGUGGACACACGCUUGGAGUAUCACAUUGUUUUUCGUUUGGUAGUCGUAUGUACAAUUUUACUGGUAAAGGUGAUAUGGACCCAAACAUGGACAAAAAAUAUAUAGCCCAAUUGAAGACAAAAUGUAAGCCCAAUGAUGUGACCACCACAGUUGAAAUGGACCCUGGAAGUUUCAAAACAUUUGACACUGAUUAUUACACUUUGGUUAGCAAAAGAAGAGGCCUUUUUGUAUCUGAUGCAACACUUCUCACAGAUAAACAAACAAAAGCUUAUGUUUUGGCACAAUUAAGUUCUAGUGGAUCAACUUUUUUUGAGGAUUUUGGGGUGUCAAUGGUGAAUAUGGGAAAAAUUGGAGUCCUUACUGAGAAAUCGGGCGAAAUUAGAAAAAAAUGUGCUUUUAUAAACUAAGAGGAAUAAUUUUUGUGAAGUUAUUUCUCUAUCAAAAAGAUUUUAGUCAUUUUCGUUUUCUUUUUCUUUUUUGUUCUAAUCAAUUCACGAAGAAUGUAUCUUGUGGUGGUAAAUGUACCUUUAUUGUAAUUAGUUUGUUGAG